CUGUGACCUUGAGGACGUGGAGUCAGGAUGGCUCUGAGCCAACACCUCUCCCUCCAGGGACUCUGUGUCCUCCUCCUCGGCACCGUGGUGGGUGGUCAAGCUCUGGAACUGAGGCUGAAGGAUGGAGCCCACCGCUGUGAGGGGAGAGUGGAAGUAAAGCUUCAAGGAGAAUGGGGCACAGUGAAUGAUGAUGGUUGGGACUUGGAGGAGGCAGCUGUGGUGUGCAGACAGCUGGGGUGUGGAGGUGCUACUGAGGCUCCUCGAGAUGCUUAUUUUGGGCCAUCAGCUGGCCCCAUUUGGUUUAGCUAUGUUUCAUGCAAGGGAACAGAGACAACUCUCACUGAAUGUCAGCAUUCUAGUAUUGGAGACUUUCGUAAUGAUGGCUUCAUUCAUGACUGGGAUGCUGGAGCAGUCUGCUCAGCGUUUCAAGUGACAUUCCUUACUGGCACAACGUCCUAGCCAUGGUUUCGUCUGAAGAUAAACUUCUG